AUGCAAAGACUAGCGCAGCUGAAUGGACUGCCCGCGGGCGAAGACGACCAUGCCAUCCCGUUCAACCCUAUCGUCGACCAUCUGUUCACCGCUGAUCCCAGCGCGCACGUCUUCAAUGGGAAGCUGUACGUCUAUCCCUCGCACGACAGGGAGACCGAUAUCCAGGACAACGACAAUGGCGAUCAAUACGACAUGAACGACUACCAUGUCUUCUCUAUGGACGCUGUCGGAGGACCAGUCACGGAUCACGGUGUGGCGUUGAAGGCAGACGAUGUUCCAUGGGUUGGGAAGCAGAUGUGGGCGCCAGACGCUGCCGAGAAGGACGGCAAAUUCUACCUCUUCUUCCCAGCUCGUGAUAAGGAAGGCGUUUUUCGUGUUGGUGUCGCCGUUGCGGACAAGCCAGAGGGACCUUUCAAGCCAGAGCCGGACUAUAUCCAAGGAAGCUACAGUAUCGACCCAGCUAGUUUCGUCGACGACGAUGGCCAAGCAUACCUCUACUUUGGUGGUAUUUGGGGUGGUCAACUGCAAUGCUGGCGAUCUGGCAAAUUCGACAAGGCAGCUUAUGAGACGAUGGAAGCCACCGGCGACGAGCCUGCACUGCUUCCUCGAGUGGCAAAGCUCAGCGAGGACAUGAAGUCGUUGACCAGCGACGUUCAGGGCCUGGUUAUCAACGAUGAUGAUGGCAAGCCCAUUCAUGCCAGUAAGCACGAUCGUCGAUUUUUCGAGGCUGCCUGGGUGCACAAGUACAAGGGCAAGUACUACUUCUCGUACUCGACAGGAGACACACACUUCUUGGCCUAUGCAAUUGGUGAGAGUCCGAUGGGCCCCUUCACCUAUGCCGGCCGUAUCCUAGACCCAGUGCAGGGCUGGACGACACAUCAUUCGAUCGUUGAAUUCAAGGGUAAAUGGUACCUUUUCUACCAUGACACGAGCUUGUCUGGGAAGAAUCAUCUACGCAGUGUGAAGAUGCGUGAGCUUGUGUACGACUCGGAGGAUAAGCUGAAGUUGGCCGAGCCUCAGUCCUAG